UGUGCUCAUGAAUGCAACAACUAAUAAUGUGAUGUGGUCUGACUGCAAACACCUCAGAAUUCUGAUAAGAGAUAUGGAGGCUUUCAUUAUGCAUUUCAUGUCCAUGUAACAUUUGAGCAUCCUGACAAUAUUUAAAUGUUGGAAAGGUCACUCAUAAAACUUGGAAAAAGACUUUGUUGUGGGUGAAAAACAUACAAAAGAAAUGCAGCCAUGUCAAUGCUUUUUACAAGACUAUAUUAGCAGCAAUCUCCCACUCAAAAUAAUUAAAAAAAAAUAAUGAGCAUAAAAGAGAACUGUGCAGAGGCAUAUUAAAGAAAUUGUGUUGAUCAUGUAUUUAUGCACCACAUGACCUGUCACUGGGAGGUGCUGGGCUACUAAAUUCUGUUUUCAGUAAAAUGAAACUGAAAACAAUAAGCACAGAGCAGAAAGAAUGGCGACUGUGAAAAUACCUGAUGAUGAUUUUUUGUGUCCUGUUUGUUUGGACUUCUUUAAAGAACCUGUAAUACUGGAAUGUGGACAUCACUUCUGCAAAUCCUGCAUAGAUAAAACCUGGGACUCUGAGGACAUCAUCUUGUGUCCGGUGUGCAGACACGAACUUCCUGUCAAGAAGUACACAGUUAACAGGCUGUUGAGUAAGAUUGUUGACACAGCUGAAAUGACCCAGCAAUGUGAGGAAGCAGGAAAACCACACCAGGAGCAGAAAAAAGAAUGUGUACUUCAAUCACAUGAAUGCUUGGAGCAUAAAGAGCCACUGAAAGUGUUUUGUCAAGAAGAUGGAAGCCCCAUAUGUGUAGUCUGUACGAUGUCAUCUAAGCAUGCAGGGCACAAAUUCCAACCCCUGCAGGAAGCAGUCAGCAUGUUUCAGGAAAAGCUGAAAACUGCUGAAGCUAUUCUAAAGCACAGAAUAAACAACCUAAAUGAAUACCAAAGCCAACAAGAAGAUCUCAUCUCUGGUGUCCAGGUAAGAAAAUUUGCUUUUUUUUGCUUGUUUGCCUCAUAG